GGCUGUGGUCUGGAUGCGAGCUGCGGGUGUGGAAUAAUAUCGAGUCGGCUGGUCCUCUGCCGCGACUGUUAUAAGGUAGUAUUGCUCGUUGAUUGUGGGCGGAAUUUGCUGGAAAAGCCUGUGCGGUCAGAACCUGUGCAGCAAACAGCUUGCUCACGAGGGCCAUACAUUCACUAUGACGCAAUUCUGUCAAAGCCUUCCCUGGUCUUUGCGUACACAUAUUGUCUGGCUAUCCAAACAAGACUUCCUUUAUCGCAACCAACUCUCGCCUUCUUCGCCAUGGUCAACAGUGACUUGUACGCCGACGACCGCGAUGAGCCUAUUGACGGCCCUGAAGCCUACCCGAAAGAGACUAGGGAAGAGUACAACGCUCUGAUGGAUCACGCAAGGCAUCUUCCCUACGACAAGACCCAACUUAGUCUCAACUACUUCCUUCACGAAAACGCGAAGCUGUCACGGGAGCUCGAGCAGCAUAGACAACUGGAUCAGCUUACAUCCGCGCAAAGGGAACAACGCAAGGUUCUUAGGGAGAGUCUAAAGCGCGCGAAGAAGAUGCAUCAGAAACGACCUGCAAGCGGUGGAGCAGAAGAGGCCCUCCGGACCAAGAAGAUGUCACCGCCACCCGAAGAACCUCUUGAAAGGCCACAACGCACACCGACUUCCGAGCAAACUCGGGCCGGAUUGCAAACUCCUGUUCGAACAGGCCGCGGUCCGAGGACUCUGAGCAUUCGAAGCGCGAGGGAUAGUUCUGCCGGAACAGGCCUCGACGCCAGCCACAAUAUUGCCCCAGACAAUGACGAUACAACCAUGCCUGCCAGUCCCUCAGCAUUAUCUGCCAUCGAGGAGGUCAAUACACCCAGGGCGGCCAGUCACGCAUUUGGAGAGGGAAUGGACCUUGGCUUUGAACCGUCAGUCAACCCAAAUCUCCAACAAGGUGAUACUAUGGGAGGUACCGGCGUCCCUACACCUGUGUUCCCGGCCCGUAGGUCCUCAAUGGCGCUUGGUAUUGACAACUCUCUCAUCACAUCUGGGGCAGCCACCAAUAUCUCCCAAACCUCGGCUCACGCCACAUCAGACGUAGUACCACAAGAUCCCGGCAGUCGAGAGAACUUGCCUCCACGCAAACGUGGCCGAGCCAAGGCCAAGAAGGAAGCGCCACCGCCGACUCCUGCUCUCGACUUCUUUGUGCUAAGCGAAGAUGGCACUAGGUGGCGUGACCCUAUGUACCUGAACGAAGAUAUCAGGGUUGUCAUGUCGAAUCAGAUCAAAGGCAUGGUCGAAGGCAACUCAAAGGAUCAAUACCAGAAGGCCGUCCAGAGAGGAGAAGCCGAGAUCAACCACGAAUCGCACUCCUGCUUCAAUUGUCAGGUCACGAAGCGCAGCCGCAAUUUGUGUCACAACGAUUCGGCGACCGAGACAUCUUGCUCACGGUGUUGCGAGCAGAACAACCAACCAUGCGGCAAGCUAAUCAAGCAUCCUGGGAAAGACGACGCGUAUGCCAUUGGCUACCUGCCGGUACCGGCCAAUCUACGCGGUUAUGUCUUUUGGGAGGAUAUGCACAACUGGGUCCCUGUUGUACCGAACAAGAGAGCGCCCCGGGACCCGUCACCCGCCAAGACAGCUGCCAUGGCUGCGACAGAUGAGGUGAAGAAGCGAUCGAGUAUGCGCACCAUAAAGGAGUCUGCCAAGAAUGCGAGCGACAAGCUUCGAAAAGGACUACGUAUGUAAAGCAGUUUGCAGGACAUCUCCAAGGAGGUGAAUGCUGGAGGAGCUCGCCCAACACAUCUCUUUGUGAGAUGAAAGGAUGGAAACUGUAGACUUGAGCACUUGGCCGCCACCAUACACUCACCCGCUUUAGAUAGCUCCCUAUGUACG